AAAAAGCAGACGCCUUAGUCCGUUCCUGUACAGUUCCAACUGAUCUAACUGAUCCAGAACUUACCAUAUUAGCUUUUACAUCAUACCAGAAACGGUAGUUUAUCUUCACAAACACAGUCUUGGAUGAUUUAGUGUCUCCAAUUCACCUCACUUGCAUGUUUUUGGACUGUGGGAGGAAACCGGAGCAUCCAGAGUAAACCCACGCAGACACGGGGAGUGCUACCCACUUAGCCACCGUGCCGCCCGAUUUUCUUAGGUCACAAUGCUUGCGGUAUGUGUUGAAGAGCCAGGUGGUCCAGAAAAACUGUGUGUAAAAAGAGUGCCCAGACCCGAACCUAAAGAUGGAGAAGUCCUCAUUAGAGUCCAUGCGACAGCUUUAAACAGGGCCGAUUUGUUACAGAGGAGAGGUCUUUACCCAGUUCCUCCAGGUGAGAGUGAGAUCCUAGGACUGGAGGCUGCUGGAGUGAUCACUGGCCUUGGCCCUGAACUCAGGAGGAACUUUAAGCUGGGAGAUAAAGUUAUGGCUUUGCUUUCCGGAGGAGGGUAUGCUCAGUAUGUGGUUGUGCCUGAAGAACUUCUCAUGCCAGUGCCAUCACACCUCACUCUCUAUGAAGCUGCUGCAAUCCCAGAGGCUUGGCUGACUGCCCAUCAACUUUUGCACUUAAUAGCAAAGGUUAAGCAGGGAGAGACUGUGUUAAUUCAUGCUGGAGCGAGUGGAGUCGGUACUGCUGCCAUUCAGCUUGCACGUCGGAGUGGUGCUGUAUCACUGGUGACCGCUGGAAGCCCUGAGAAACUAAAGAUUGCAGUAGAAUUGGGUGCAUCAGCUGGGUUUAAUUAUAAAGAAUGUGAUUUCUCUGAUGAUGUUCUGCAGUACACUCAGGGCUGUGGGGUCGAUGUCAUCCUUGAUUGCAUAGGGGGAUCUUGUUGGGAGAAGAAUGUGCGCAGCUUGGCUGUAGAUGGAAGAUGGGUGCUCUAUGGUGCUAUGGGAGGAAAAACUAUACAAGGAGACUUGCUUGGCAAGCUUUUAUUUAAGCGAGGCAGCAUUCUUAGUAGUCUCCUUAGGUCACGAACUCUACAGUAUAAAGCUGAACUGGUUCAAAGCUUCACUGAACAGGUUUUGCCACACUUCCAGUCAGCGGACAAGUCAACAUCGCUAAGACCUGUAAUUGACAGAAUGUUUCACAUGAAGGACAUAACUUUGGCACACAUUCACAUGGAGGCUAACAAAAAUAUUGGAAAAAUCAUUAUCAACAUUUCUGAGACUUGACUAAUUAGCAGAUUAAUAUAGCAGUUCUUAAACUUUUUUAAACAUUAUAUAAAGCUUAAUAUUUUUUAACCCCACCAUUCCAGUGUAUUUCUGUAAAUAAAAUGGUCAG